CUGGCUGCCUAUCGGUCGGAGGGGAUGGCUGGUUGUUCUUGCGCAGUUCAGUCUACAACGGUACGAACCUCCAAGAAAGUACCGCCCCAUUAAAGACGACAGCUUCACUCGGUGGCGUUGCGGACACGGAGGACGUCAUCAGCAGAUUUUUUAAGCUGCUUACCGAUGUUGAAAGAGCCGCGGUGUUUGGCAGGACCCACGCAGUGCCUUCUGGCAGUAUACCCAAGGGCUCCUCUGUGAUACACACGAACGCGGAUCUCGUCGCCCUCAAAGGUAUAGGUGAGAAAGCGUUCGCAGAUGCGGUGGCAGCCAAGACACCAUACCCACGAAACGCCGCCGUAGACAUGCACUUUACGGUGCCGUUCAUACUGGAGACUGUAUGGCAACAAGUAGGUUCGGAUCAAUUGUAUCUAUGGAUCAGCUGGACGGUGCUGGAACAGCUCUCACCUUACGUGUAUCCCGACGUUGCCAAGUUGUACGGGAAUUCUAGAUUCAAGGAAAAUUGCGUGAAGAGGAUCAAGCAGCCGCUCGGAGUGCCUCUUGCUGCCGCUGCACUACUUCUCACCCAGACGCAGCAGAACGACGUGCGGACAACAGUUAACGCUGUCGUUGAGUGCAUGGCCAAAAAUGCACACCGCUGGUUUCCAUCUGCUGCCUCAAUGAAAGGUGCCAAUGUAGUCAUCGGCUUUCCGCCAGAGCAGGACACCUUGGAGAAGCUGAACGUCCGAUACGCACCUUAUCUAGGUGAAACGCACGGUGAAUUUCUACCGGAAUGGCUCCAAGCGAUGAAGAUAAGGAAACAGCGAAUCAACAUCUCUCACGUGCACUUCGAUCCAACCGAUCUUGAAAUAGUGGUAUCCAGAGACGUAGUGAUAGUGCCAGCUGGAGCUGUCUUCACCUUCUACCGAGAUGGCGACCUUCCCGCAAUCAACAUGGGUAGGUUUGGUCACUGGAUCGGCACAAGCUUUCUAAAGAGGUUCCAGCCGCCCAGUGUGAAGCCCAAGCCCCAGUGUCUUGCGCCAGCCGAUUCAAAGGCAGAAAACGUGUUCGAGUCUCUACUCGCUUACCAGUGCACCCGAAAAAUAUUCAGCGGCAGCGUGGAUUCGAAUACAAGCACAGCCUUACCCAUGCAUCUAAACCUGACUCCGGCCAGACAAUUAUUUGUCGCUGCCUGCUAUGAGAACUGCCGCAUCAGCACGCGCGGCAUGGAGGCCAACUGCGAGACCAGCGUCCUGCGAAGGCUUCGUCCUUUUGCCGACGCGUUUGCUUGCGAGGUGGACAAGCCAGCCUACGAAGUUCCGUAG